CUCUCCAGGCCCGGCUCCCGCGCCCUAUUUGGUCACUCGGGAGGCAGGCGGCGGGAAGGGAGGCUCGCGCGGCGCUGCGGGACGCGGAGUGGGCUCCGGGAGCGCACAGGGGCUGCUGCCGCCACCUCGGUCGGCGGAGACCCACGAGGCCGCCGCGUCCUGCCCUCGGAACAAUGGGACGGGGCCCACGAGGUGCCUGGGCCGUGCUCCUCCUGGGGGCGCUGCAGGUGCUGCUGGGGGCUGCUGUUGGGAGCAACGAUACCGCGGUGGGAAAUCAAGAUCCAGGGCUCCUGGUAGCUCAGCGGAACUCCACUGCUAACUCAACAGUGCUCACCACAGUGCCUUCUGGCAGUGCGAACAUUUCUAACAGCACUGUGAAACCAGUAACUCCAGCUGCCUCAGCUCCCAGCAAUGUGACAGCCACAACUGUGAAACCUGUAACAUCUAAAAUGGCACCCACACCAGGGGUCUCAAACAUGACGUCCACCACCUUAAAGUCUACAACCAAAGCAAGUGCUUCACGUAACACAUCCCAGAUGCCAACAUCUACGGUGACGACAACCCACAACAGCACAGUGACAACCAUUUCGACAACAGCAACAAUGACAGCAACGAUUCAUUCCGAAGAAAGUAGAGCAUCAAAAUUUGACACUGGCAGCUUUGUUGGUGGUAUUGUGUUAACACUGGGAGUUUUAUCUAUUCUUUACAUUGGAUGCAAAAUGUAUUAUUCAAGAAGAGGCAUUCGAUAUAGAACCAUUGAUGAACAUGAUGCCAUCAUUUAAGGAAAUCAAAGACCAAGGAAAGAAGAAAUACUGAAGCAGCACUGUCAGUCUUAGUUUGUUAGUAUAAUAUAUUGAAAGUAGCAUAAACAGGCCAUGCGUAU